AUGCUGCAGAAAGGGACCAAGAGAUCUGCAGAUGAAGCCUUUUCGUCAAAGUCUGCAUCUGUAGAGGAAAACUUGGAACAUCAUCGAUUUAGUGCUGCUGCGACGCGGAAUGGUGCGACAACAGGGAAGACUGUCGAUUUUGAGGAGCGGAAAGUUAAGGAUGACAACAACAACGUCAAGAAGAGUGGAAGCAAAGCCCCGAGUCUGAAGGAGCGGGCUCGUCUUUUACUGCCAGCCAGACAAAAAUUACCCAUUUACAGCAACGCAGCCCAAAUACGGCAGAAGGUCAGGGAUCACGAUGUGCUACUACUGGUCGGAGAGACUGGGUCGGGCAAGUCGACGCAGAUUCCACAGUUUCUGGUGCAUGAACCCUGGUGUAAGAAGAAACAGAUCAGCAGUGGGAGUGGUGGUGCCAAAGUCAAUGUCGGAGGGUGCAUCGCCAUCACACAGCCCCGAAGGGUGGCCGCGAUUUCCCUCGCCCGUCGCGUGGCGGAGGAGAUGGGCACGCCGCUAGGGAACUCGAGCCCGGCGUCUGAAGUCGGGUACUCAGUGCGCUUUGAGAACAGCACGAGUCCCUCGACGAGGAUCAAGUUCUUGACCGAGGGCAUGCUCUUGCAAGAAAUGCUACGGGAUCCUUGGUUGAAGGAGUACUCCGCUGUCGUGGUGGAUGAGGUUCACGAGCGCGGCGUCAAUGUGGAUCUGGUACUGGGGUUCCUUAGAAGGAUGCAGGAUCUGAGAAACAAGAAGGACGGGAGAGGUGGCGUUGCGUUGAAGAUUGUGGUCAUGAGCGCGACGGCUGACAUGGAGAAGAUUCAGCACUUCUUUGGAGGCACGAGCCAGACGAAUCGUGAAGAUCGCCCGAAAGCCAAUGGGGAGUCUCAUGGGGCAAAAGGCGACUGGCACGGUUUCUCGGAGGAUGAAUUUGGAACUGAUGAAGAUACCAGAACCAAAGUCGACUCGGACAUCAACGGUGGUGUUGUGAAGGACACUUCUGGCAUAGCCGCCCUUACCAAAGCAACAUCACUCUUUAUCAAGGGCCGUCAAUAUCCUGUGACCGUCAACUAUACGCCAACGUCAGUUCCAGAUGUCAUCGAUGCGGCAUAUCAGCGAAUACUGGACAUUCACACGCAUGCCCCUCUACCAGGCGAUGUACUCGUAUUCCUCACGGGUCAAGAAACCGUUGAAUCUCUCCUCAGCCUUUUGAGUUCAUGGUCACUCUCGGUUCAAAAAGACCCCAAGCAGUCUGCAACGCUUCCCAAACUACUCAUCCUCCCUCUCUAUGCUGCUUUGCCUUCGAACGUGCAACAACGUGUCUUCCAAUCAACUCCCAAGUUCACACGCAAGGUGAUAUUAGCCACAAAUAUCGCCGAGACCAGUAUCACGGUGCCGGGGAUUCGAUAUGUAAUCGAUACCGGGAAGGCAAAGCAGCGACUCUUUCGCCCUUCUCUAAAUCUGGAUACUCUUCUUACCGUCCCCAUCUCUCGAAGCUCCGCGAACCAGCGUUCUGGGCGCGCUGGACGAGAUGCACCGGGAACUGCAUACAGACUGUACACCGAAGCGGAUUUCUACCAACUGGCACAGGAUACCGAACCUGAGAUCUUGCGCUGCGACCUCAGUCAGCUUGCGCUCACACUCAAGGCGCAUUCGAUCGAUGAUUUGAGUGAAUUCCCGUUCCUAACUGCUCCGCCACGAAGAGCUCUCGAGAGGGCGAUGAUCCAUCUCCUCCAGCUCUCUGCAUUGGACAGUUCGAGCGGGCGAAUCACACAUCUGGGACGUGAAAUGAGUGUGUUACCUCUGCCUGCGAGCUUGGCGAGGGUGCUUCUUGCCAGCGCUGAACCAGAGUAUGACUGCGUCGAGGAGAUCACUGACAUUGUUUCGGCGUUGAGUGUUGAAAACAUCUUCCUCAACAUCCACAACCGUCCAUCGGCUACGGCAUCUGGCGACGUGGUCAACCCUCCCUCGAAAUCAUCUCCUAGCUACAGUGACUCGGAUGCUGAAGAAGACUCGUUGGAAGGUCGUGCCCAGCAAGCACGGCGCCAACUCUUCCGCCGUGAAGGGGAUCACCUCACACUGCUCGCCACUAUCCAGGCCUAUGUGGCUGAGAACACAGAUCGCCGUCGUUGGUGUGAAGAGCGGUACAUCUCGCACCGGGCCAUGAGCGGCGCCAUGGAUGUUAGGAAACAACUCACCGCAUUGAUGGAUCGAUACCGGCGCAAGACCCAGAGCGAGAGUAAAACGGGUGGGAAAGGAGCACGGGAAAUCGACCCGGUGCGGGAUCAGGACAAGACCACUCUACCCACUCGCAUCCUCAAGUGCAUUAUGACCGGCUUCCACCCCAACGUUGCACGGCUUUGCCCCGACGGAAGCUAUCGUACGAUUCUCACGAACCAGGUUGUUGCCAUUCAUCCAAGUAGCGUGUUGUUCUCCCUGCCUUCAUAUACCUCUAGAGACCAAGGGCCCGGGGGCAGGGCCCAGCAAAGGAAGUACAAGGGGAUCAUGUACAACGAAUUUGUGUACACGGGCACAAAGGCUUAUGCCCGUGGAGUGAGUGCGGUGGAGAUGAGAUGGAUGCAGGAACUUCUGGAAACGUGA